AUGGAUGGAGCCAACCUCUCUGUGGUAUCUGAGUUUGUGUUCCUGGGACCCUCUAACUCAUGGGUGAUCCAGCUUCUUCUUUUCCUCUUUACCUCUGCAUUCUACAUGGCAAGUCUGCUGGGAAACCUCCUUCUGACUCUAAUACACUCCCCUAUGUAUUUCCUGCUGGCCAAUCUCUCCUUUCUUGACCUGGGAGUUUGCUCUAUUGCAGCCCCCAAAAUGAUUUAUGCCCUUUUUAGAAAAUGCAAAGCCAUCUCUUUUGGGGGCUGUAUAACUCAGAUCUUCUUUAUUCAUGCUGUUGGGGGCACGGAGAUGGGGCUGCUCAUAGCCAUGGCCUUUAACCAAUAUGUGGCCAUAUGUAAGCCCCUCCACUACCUGACCAUCAUGAACCCACGAAUAUGCAUUUUAAUUCUGGCUGCUGCCUGGAUCCUUGGCCUCAUUCACUCAGUGGCCCAACUGGCUUUUGUCAUAGACUUGCCCUUCUGUGGUCCUAAUGUAUUGGACAGCUUUUGCUGUGAUCUCCCUCAGCUCAUUAAACUUGCUUGUACAGAGACCAAUAGACUGGAGUUCAUGGUCACAGCCAACAGUGGACUCAUCUCUGUGGGGUCUUUCUCCAUAUUAAUUAUUUCUUACAUCUUCAUUCUGGUCACUGCUCAGAAACACUCUUCAGGUGGUUUAUCCAAGGCCGUCUCUACUUUGUCAGCUCAUGUCUCUGUGGUUGUUUUAGUUUUUGGACCAUUGAUUUUCUUUUACAUCUGGCCCUUCCCCUCAUCACAUUUGGACACAUUUCUUGCUAUCUUUGAUGCAAUUCUCACUCCUUUUCUGAAUCCAGUCAUCUAUACGUUGAGGAACAAGGAGAUGAAGGCAGCAAUGAAGAAACUUUGCCAUCAACUUGUGAGUUACAGGAAGAUGUUCUAG